GACGUCUCUCCAAAAUAAUCACGACAACAGCCAGAGCCGAAGAAACAGGAGACGAAGAAGAGUGUGAGCCGUCUUUAGCCGUGAGCUAACGAGAGCUAAAAUCUAUCCAAUGCCAGGGUAGAGCCGCUGCUGCAGGUGUCUUCUUGAAUCUUAUGCUGCGAAAAAGAGGGAAGGUGACAUUGAAUAAACCCCGAGAGAGCCCGACGACCCUGCUUUUAACAACAUGGAGAAGCAGCUGCAUCUAAACCUGUUAGCCUCCAGACCUCCAAUGGCUGGAGGCUUUCAGUCAAGCUCCAAAAUGAAGAUGGGGUGAGGAAGCUAGCAUCUUGGUAGCAAGCUGUCAGCUGUGCACGCAGUCAGAAGCAGAAUUUAUAAUACAUGUUCAUGGAUAAUAUAAGCUGGAAACGCUAUCAUAUUCGCUUAUUAAAGAGUACGAUAGUUCACCCUGUCGUCAAAUGUUCACCUGAGCUUGAAUCACCUUGUGUUAUUUUGUUAAAUGUGAAAAUGUUGAUGUGAAGCGUUGUUUUGGAGCCACUGAAUUGAUUAAUUUGUCAAACUUUGAUCAAUCUGGAUGGUGGUGUUGAUAGUGCAAGGUUCACUGUUACCACUAUGAUAAAUGUUAAUAUUUUUAUCAUGUGCAGUCUCCAUAAUAAGGUCAGUUUUCUCCUGAGCUUCAGGUUUAUGCCGUCUCCCCUUCGAUACUGUCAUCAGUUAAUCGACAUCAUCACAAGUUGAAUUGAACAAGUACAAGUACAUGACACACCGUGUGAGGGUUUGGCUUAAAACUAAACUUUAUCCAAGCUCUUUGCAUCAUCUAUAAAUAAAAAAAAAUACAUUGCCUACUGUGCUCUAAUAGCUGGUUUGUGGUUACAAAUCCAUCAGAGCUUUAUUGUCUCUAAGUUUGUAUGGCUGACUGCUUUCAGUUUGGAGUAAAGACGUGGUCAGUGAGGCGAGAAAACAACAAAAUCUGAAACGUAAAACUGGCCUCACAGUUUGGUGUUGUCUGGUUUCACAUUUUGCCUCCCCUAUCCUUCUCCUCCCAUGUAGUGUAGAGAUGUACUUUAGGUUAGGGCUGGGCGACAUGGGGAAAAAUUUAUGACGAUAUAUAUAUUUUUUAUCAGUCGAUAUCGUUAUGUAUCACAAUAUAAAAAAAUCACUUGUCAAUCUUAAAUGUUCCCUGUAAAGGACCUUUCACACCGGGAGCGUUUUUGUCGUGUGAUUAUUUAGGACAUCAAUUUUUUUUUUCGAACCUGUAUCCUGUCAAUACAUCAGCAACGUUUUCCCGUCCUGCAAUAUUGUAGCUUUUUUUUUUUUUGGGGGGGGGGGAUCAGGGUCGAUUUUUCUAAAGUUUCGCUGACUGUGUGUCCACUUCUGACCAAUCAGAUUUCGUGUUGUUGUGACGUCUGAUUCACUGGUAUAUAACAUGGCCGACAGGCUGAUUGUUUACAUGUCGGAGAAUAGAGUGCUUUUUGAUAACAGUUUGCUAAACGUCUUUGCUUCAACUUUCAUCUGUGCUAAGUAACUUUAGCUCGUAAGCUAACCUGUUCAGAUACAACAUACCGUAUGUAUUUUCACUGUCUCAAACUCAAUCGCGUUGCUGUCACAGCACCGUUAGGUCUCGCUUGUCACCUUACGUUUAUGGAUUAUAGUUUAAUGUGCUUAUCUGGUACUGGCCCCGACUCAGUACAUGCUAUCAUGACAGACAGCCAUCUCAACACUAGUGUCUAAUCAGAACUAAAAAACAGUCAGUCUGGUGUUGUGUCAGUCUUCUUGCUUCCAGCCGGGACGCGUCUUUUUCCCCCUUGGAAGUCGCAAAAUCGCAUCGGGCUUUGUGUGUAUAGUCAGGCGCGUCAAAAUUCGCCUCAGAAUAUUUAGUAAUUUCACGUUCUAUAUUCGUGUCAGCCCCGGUGUGUAAGGACCUUUUACUCUUAAAUGAAAUUUAACAUGCCCUCAACAUAAUUUACAGUGCACAUUACUCUGCUUCAUGUCCGACCUCAAAAAAACGAAUUGCCUCCACACCACUGAUGUUUUCGUACCAGUGUUGUUGAAGAUAUCAUCAUCUGUUGACCCUUCAUCUGUAUUUCUGCCAGGGGUAGCACCCAUUUUCUUUUUUUCUCACCGACAGUGCUGUUGACUUCACAUGUUAAAGCGCUAUGGUUGCGUGUAGCUGCAGCCUGCUACUACGCAGUUGUUUGCUACUUGGUUCUAAUUCAGCACAUAAUAGGUUCAGCGUGGCGUGACCAGAAGCAACUCCCCUUUUCAUUGGCUAUUCGUAUAGACUACCAUAACAUGACAGAAUGCCAACUAUCGAAAGGACAUUGACUAUGUUUUAUAUUGAUAUCGAGGGAAAUUAAUUUUCAAUAUAUAUCGUUAUCGUUUUAUCGCCCAGCCCUACUUUGAGUUGACAUUACUCUGAACAAAGAGUCAGUGAUGCAACAUUUUAUUGCUUUUUUCCGAUUUUAUAACAAUGUAAGUGUUAAAAUUGUACUAUUAAUCCCAGUUUUCUCACUGGUAACUAUUAGCAGCUUGUAAUCUAUCAUUAGCAAUGUCUACUGAAGAAAAUUAUUAUUUAUUAUUCUUAUUCUUUUCACUUUUAGCUAUAUAGACAAGUUUUACCUCAAUAUUGCAGUUCUAACCACACGACAGGUUAAGAUAUCAGAGAGCAAGUUUGUUGUUUUCGUUAAAAACUCAGCAAAGUAUGUCAUGCAUUUUGAUAAUCCUGCAGUGAUAUGGGAUUGGUUUAAUUUACCUGUUUUGUUUUGUUUUCUUCUCCCUAUAAACAGACCUGGACGGAAGAGAGAUUUCUCCCCCCUACCCUGGAGUCAGUACUUUGAAACCAUGGAGGAUGUUGAGGUGGAAAACGAAAAUGGCAAAGAUAUAUCCUUGACUGUUUACUCUGUCAAGAGACAAUUCAGCCUGAAUUAUUGGCUGUUUCCAAAGAAGCUGUAUCAUCUUUAUCUUAACCUUUCUACUAGUGUGCCUAAUAACUUGCUAUAGUGUAGAACAGUUGAAAACAGCCUUGUUUGUUCUGACUUUCCUCUGACUGUCUUGUGGCUUUGGUAUGUAUUUCCUUGACUACAGUGAACAUUUUCAGAAUUUACUGUAGUGGCGCUCAUGGUCCUGUGCUGCUCCUUCUCCAUGGAGGAGGCCACUCCGCACUUUCUUGGGCAGUGUUUACUGUAAGUAUUAUAUUUCUUAUGGCAUCUGUAUAGCCUCCUAUACCUAUACACCAUUUCUAAGAUUACAACAUAGUGUGGGAAAUUUACAAUGCUGCACUGUUAAUUUGGCAUAUUUGAUGUUUCAAUAAAAUGAUUUCCUUGUGGGUCUUUACAGGCUGUCAUUUGCAGCAGGAUCAACUGCAGGGUGGUGGCUAUGGAUCUUCGUGCUCAUGGUGAGUGCAGCUAGUCCCAGGACUCAGAAGUUGUAUUUUAGAGUGCCUUAUAAAAAUGUUCAUUACUUAUGGUCUUACAGAGUCUUGCAUAUGUAGGUUUAAUAUUGGCUUGUGUGCACACAUACCUGGCCAAUAAAGCUGAUUUUGAUCCGUAAAAAGAAAAAGAACUUACAGACAUAGUGAGGUCCCGCCAUUCACCAGUUUGAUGUACUACAGACUAUUCAAAAGGGGGAAGUUAUGACAACUGAAAAGUGCAUGCUGAAAACAGCUAAAAACUGCUGACCCAAAGUACCUUUUUCACUUCUUUAACUGCUUGUGAGGAGCGGCAGUCACCCCUCAUUAUAUUAUCAGGGAAUCAUUCUACAUAUGGCAGGUCAUUCCUUGCGGAUUCAUAAGCUAAGAUGAAACUGAUGAUAAAUUUGUAUUCUCUUUCUUCACCUGCAGGCGACACCAAAGUGAAAAAUCCUGACGAUCUCUCUGCAGACACAAUGGCUAAGUAAGUUACAGAGGGUGCAUUUAGUACUCAUGCUGGAAUCUGUAAGAACACAUUACCCUAUUUUAUUCAAAUCAUCUUCAGAAAACAGUCAAUUGGUAGAGUUUGUUGUAUAUUAUGAAACACUGAUACACAGUCUAAAUACAGAUACUGCAGCUUUUGCCUUUUCUUUGAAAAGGGACAUUGGGAAAGUGGUGGAGGCGCUCUAUGGUGAGAACCCACCUCCAAUCAUGAUUAUUGGACACAGCAUGGGCGGUGCCAUCGCUGUCCACACUGCUGCUGCCAAUCAUAUACCAUCCCUGCUGGGCCUCUGUGUCAUUGAUGUUGUAGAAGGUAAGUGCCUGUGCUUUCACGAGAAGUAACAAUAUGGAUUUUAAGAAAGAUUUCAUUAUAACUGCUAGUUUAAUACGAGUAAUAUAAUUGAUGAUGAGGUGGGUUUAGUGAUCCUGGGUUUUGUACUUAAAAAAUAUUUUACUACUCUUAUUCAGGUACAGCAAUGGAUGCUUUGAACAGUAUGCAGAAUUUCCUCAGAAGUCGGCCAAAGACAUUUAAAUCUCUGGAGAACGCCAUCGAGUGGAGGUAAACAUAAAGGAGCAGGAAAUACCGCAACAUCAUGAACCUGUGAUUCCAGCAAAAUUAAUACUAUAAAAGAAAAACAGUCAACAAUCUUUUAGUUUAAAAUUUCAUCUGAAAGGUUUUUUUUGUGUGCCAAUGACAGACUUCUUCUUUCUCUGCUCUUAGUGUGAAGAGUGGACAGAUUCGAAACACAGAGUCAGCACGUGUGUCCAUGGGGGGCCAAGUGAAGAAGUAUGUUAACCCACUUUCUUAUUAGUAUAUUAAGUCUAACAGGGUUUUACGGGUUUUGCAUACUGUCUGCUUAUUGUCUGACAUUGACAGAUGUGAAGAAUCCACCAGCAGUCCAGGUGUGUCUAAUAGCAUAGGUGAAGGUAUAAUAGAAGAGGAGGAGGAUGAGGAAGCAGAAGAAGAAUCAAACAAGAAAAGGAUGAAAGAAGAUGACCAAGAGGUUAUAUCUUACUUUGGCUCCCUGGUUUUACAUGUAUGUUUGUAUUUGUUAUGGGUAGAUAAAUAUUUAGAUAAAUGCAUUUGUUCCAUACAGAUAAAAAAGGAAAGCUUCUUCACCUGGCGAGUGGAGCUGUCAAAGACAGAAAAAUACUGGGAAGGCUGGUUCAGAGGCCUGUCUGCUCUCUUUCUCACCUGCCCUGCACCCAAACUGCUUCUGCUCGCAGGUUAGAUCUGUCACUGUCUCACAGUGAACUUGGAUUAGUAUUUCUUAUCCUAAACACGUAAAAAGGACCUGAGUAGGCAGUUAUGAUGGAAUUUCCCUCUAGCUUGGGUGAAUACAAAUAAUUUGAGUUUUAUUCCAAGUUAUUUUACUACUCAGUGCACAAUUUCACACCUCACCUCAUCCAUUGUACAGGAGUGGACAGGCUUGACAAAGACCUUACUAUUGGACAGAUGCAAGGUAAGAAGCACAGAUCAAGAUUUUCAGCAUGCCUUUAAUUUUCCCCUCGCUCGCUGAUCUCCUAUAAAGUUUUGUAGAAAUUUCCAGAACCUCACUGUUUGUCCACAGGGAAGUUUCAGAUGCAGGUCCUUCCACAGUGUGGUCACGCUGUCCAUGAGGACGCACCUGAAAAAGUAAGAGCUGUCUACCUGAAUGUAAACUAAUGGGCUGUAUGUACUGACCACUGUAAUGUCAUUUCACUGUGUAAUGUUUUUUGAUUAUUUUAAUUAAAAACUUUUGGAAACAAAAUUCCACUAUCUCCAACAAGAAGAAUAUUACCUGUUAAUCAAUGAAAAGGUCUAUAGUACAGAAAUAUCCAACUUCAGAAAAAUGUGUUUGUUGCUUUGCUACUACAUCAGUUUUUUUUUUUCUAACUGAGUCCUGUGUCAUCUGUUGCUAGGUAGCAGACGCUCUAGCAACAUUUAUGGUCCGGCACAAAUUCACUGAGUUUAAAGAGGGAUACCUGUGGUAAGUUAAGAGUCUACCAAGAAAGGAGUACACAAUUCUAUACACACUGACCAGCCACAACAUUAUCAACGCUUGGGCAGUCUGAUGCAAGUCAAUGCAACAGAUCUACCAUAAACCCUACUAUGAUGAAGCUUCUACAUUUUCAGUCUUUGUCAAAAAUGAAAGAUUCUGAACUCAAGGAUGAGAUCCACGGGCCCUGCCACCAAUGAGCGUUUAGCCACUUAAUUUAGUCUGUUUUAUUGCAGACUGAAAGUGGUACACAAUCAAUUUAGGGAGAACACAAAACUGCAAGUUACUGUAGUGUCCUUUUCAAAGACAGUAACACCGUUACUGUGAGAUUGUUUAUAGUAAUUAUGUUUUUAUCUUUCACAGCUAAUUUCCGGUCUUCAGUCCAACUAUAGCCAGCAGCCAAUGAAGAGAUGUUUCAAGAUUCAUCCUAUUACAAUUUAACAUAAAGUUAAGAAAUUAUAAAAGCAUUAUUAUUAUUAUUAUUAUUAUUAUGUUGCUUUGUUAAUUAGAUUUUUCGCCUUAUAGUUUUGCCUUAUUUUCACUUUUAAGCACUUGCAUUUGUUUGUGAUUUUGCUUUAAAAUAUUUUUUAAGUUUCUUAAGUUUUUUGCUGCCCUCGAUCCGUUUUUAUUUUGAUUGACUGCAUCAUGGUUUAUAUAUGUUCGUAAUGUUCGCAUUCAAACAACAAUUAAAGGUGGAUGCUGUAAAAAUA